UUUAAGCGAUCAGUUGGCUCCCUGAUGCCCGCCGAGUAACACCGUUAAUACUCUGCUUGCUCGUGCGAAAACAGACGUCCUCCAACAUCAAGUAGCGAGUAUUUUGUUGAAGUUCUGAGUUCAUUCUGCCAGCUUCUUUUGUACCUUUUAGACGCACAAGUUUUUCAGAGAUGACUCAAGCAGUUCCCACAGUCGACCUGCCAAACGGCAUGAAAAUGCCAAUCAUUGGCAUUGGUACUUACAGGUCAACACCGGCAGAGAUUAAACUGACAAUCAACACGGCGUUGGAAUGCGGAUACCGCCAUAUCGACACCGCUUACCUCUACCAGAACGAACGAGAAAUUGGCGAAGUCCUGAAGGAGUGGCUAGACAGCGGAAGGAUUAAACGAGAGGAACUCUUCAUCACCACUAAAUUGCCGAUUCACGCCAAUCGAGCAGAGGACGUCGCUAGGUUCUUGGACAAGUCGCUGGAACGCCUCAAAUUGGACUACGUCGACCUCUAUCUGAUUCACAAUCCGGUAGGAGUAAAGGGGAAAGACGACGAUGAUUUCUGGCCUCUGGAUGAAGAGGGUAACGUCACUUUGGAUCUCGACACCGACUUGGAGUCGGUUUACAAAGGCAUGGAGAAGUUGGCUGAUUCCGGAAAGGCGAAGGCAAUAGGAAUCUCCAACUUCAACAGCAAGCAGAUUGAAAGAAUCAUGAAAGUGUGUCGUAUCAAGCCAGCAAAUCUCCAGGUGGAGCUGCACGCAUUCCACCAGCAGAAGAAGCUGAGGAAAAUAUGUUCCAAGUACGGAAUCCCCGUAUGUGCCUACGCUCCCAUCGGCGCUCCCUAUAAGGCUCAGGAGCGGAAAGACGGCUCUCCCAUAUUAUUGGAACACCCGACGGUGACUUCAAUCGCGAAGCGUCUCGGUAAGACUCCGGCACAGGUCCUCAUCCGGUUUCUGAUCCAGCUGGAAAUCGUCGUGAUUCCCAAAUCGACGAAGCCAGAAAGAAUUCGACAGAAUUUCCAGGUGUUCGACUUCAAGUUGAGUCCGGAAGACAUGUCCGCUCUAGACUCUCUGGACAAAGGCGAAAGUGGACGCAUAUUCAUCUUCGAGGAUGUGCUUAAAGGGAUAUCGAAACACCCGGAAUAUACUUUCCACAUCCCCGUGUGAAAGAAGAGGAACGCCAGAAGGAAGGAACAGUGAGAGCAAGGGGAGCAGUUCCAAAGGCAAAAUCCCUCCUCCUCUCCCCUACUACUGUUUUCGUUGCUCAGUUAUAAAAAGGAGGAAUAAAACAAGCAAGGGAGCCGUUUCAAAGGUAUAUCCCGCCUACUACUACUACUACUACUAUCAGUUGUGACGUAACUAAAUGUCCAAUUGAUCUUCUUAAGGGUUUGAAAUAAAUGGUCGUGGGUUUAA